UCAAACUCCCCAACCAUGAGAUUAUGACCUGAGCUGAAGUCAGACACUCAACCAACUGAGCCACCCAGGCACCCUUAAAUAUGUCCAUAUUUUAUGUCAGUUCUGUCAUCCUCUGUGGCAAGUAGCUUAAAGUUUAAGCAAUUAUUACAAAUUGAAGUACAUCAUAAAUGCCAGGAUUUGAGGUGUUAGAUUGAGGGUAUAGCUCACACUGGUUGUAUAGUCAUGUUUUUCUGUAUUAUAGUUAUGAGAAACAUGAUUUGUAGGGGAAACUGCUCUCUAUUUGGAAAAGUUAACAGAUUUCUCUUGAGAAGAGAGAACAGCAGCAUGAAGGAAUGGCGUUGAAUAAGCCAUAAUCAAUUUAAGGGGCUAAGGUUGUACAUGCACAGUAACAAGGCAGGGCCUGUGGACAGCUUCUAGGGACUAGAGAAUGUGACCUGCCACCACAGCAUCCCCAUUGUCUAGCCAAAUUCCUGGCACCAUAGUUAGGACUCAAAAAGCAUUUGCUAAAUGUGCAGAUAUAGCAGUUCCACUUGUGGGUUAUGCCAUCAGAAUGUCACAAGCCCCUGACCCAGGGAGCUCUGUUGGUACCAACCCUGAGGCAUGAGCAGGCAGAGAUACAGCACCAUUCCAAGGGACCACACCUUCUCAGCACAUGCUCUGAAGCUGGAAUUCGUGAUGCAGUUUCCAAACAUUUUCUGAAGAUUGGUUAAGAAGCUUACGCAGAGGAUGGGUGAGUCAAAUGAAGAUAUAGACCAAAUGUUCAGCAAUUUGCUGGGAGAGAUGGAUCUCCUGACCCAGAGUUUAGGAGUUGACACUCUUCCUCCUCCUGACCCCAAACCACCCAGAGCUGAAUUCAACUACAGUGUGGGUUUUAAGGAUUUAAAUGAGUCCUUAAAUGCGCUGGAAGACCAAGAUUUAGAUGCUCUCAUGGCAGAUCUGGUAGCAGACAUAAGUGAGGCUGAGCAGAGGACAAUCCAGGCACAGAAAGAGCCCUCUCAGAAUCAGAAUCAUCCAGCACCCCUGAACAUACCAAAUUUCAGCGGUGCAGCCGCUCUUGGUUACGGAGCAAAUGUUGCUGUAACUAGUGUUAGCCAGUAUGAGGAUGAUUUACCACCUCCGCCGGCUGAUCCCAUGUUAGACCUUCCACUGCCGCCACCACCUCCUGAACCUCUCUCUCAGGAAGAAGAAGCAGCCCUAGCCAAGGCUGAUAAAAUUAAGCUAGCAUUGGAAAAACUGAAGGAAGCCAAGGUCAAGAAGCUUGUUGUCAAGGUGCACAUGAAUGAUAACAGCACUAAAUCAUUGAUGGUGGAUGAGCGGCAAUCAGCCCGGGAUGUUCUAGACAACCUUUUUGACAAAACCCAUUGUGACUGCAGUGUAGACUGGUGUCUUUAUGAAAUAUACCCAGAACUUCAAAUUGAAAGGAUUUUUGAAGACCAUGAAAAUGUUGUUGAAGUCUUAUCAGACUGGACAAGAGACACAGAAAAUAAAGUGCUAUUUUUGGAGAAAGAGGAAAAAUACGCUGUAUUUAAAAACCCCCAGAAUUUUUACUUGGAUAACAAAGGAAAAAAAGAAGGGAAGGAAACAAGUGAGAAAAUGAAUGCUAAGAACAAGGAAUCCUUACUUGAGGAAAGUUUCUGUGGAACAUCUGUCAUUGUGCCAGAACUUGAAGGAGCUCUUUAUCUGAAAGAAGACGGAAAGAAAUCCUGGAAAAGGCGCUAUUUUCUUUUACGGGCUUCUGGAAUUUAUUAUGUGCCCAAAGGAAAGACUAAGACAUCUCGAGAUCUGGCAUGCUUUAUACAGUUUGAAAAUGUCAACAUUUACUAUGGGAUUCAGUGUAAAAUGAAAUAUAAAGCACCGACUGACCACUGCUUUGUUUUAAAGCAUCCCCAAAUUCAGAAGGAGUCCCAGUAUAUCAAAUAUCUCUGCUGUGACGAUGCAAGAACCCUAAACCAGUGGGUCAUGGGAAUAAGGAUUGCCAAGUACGGGAAGACUCUCUAUGAUAACUAUCAGCGGGCUCUGGAGAGGGCUGGGCUCGCCUCUCGGACGAACCUGAGUACUGUCGGUGCAGUUCCACCAGCCCCACCUGCCACAGGACCUAAAGCAGGCACCACCCAGGCCAAUGGGCAGAUUCCCCAGGCUGCACAUUCUGUAAAUGCUGUUCUUGAAGAAGCCCAGAGGCAGGCAGAAACUACUAAGGACAAGAAGCCAGCUCUUGGUAACCACGACCCAGGAACACCCAGGGCCCAUCACCUUCCAAAGUCCAGCCUGCCACCGCCCCCUCCCGUGCGAAGGUCUUCAGACAUCUGCAGCAGCCCAGCGACAACCCCCAGGGCCAAGGGCAUGAGCAGCGGCUUCCCUGCGCCGCCGCCCGACGACUCUCUGCCACCACCCCCGCCGCCACCGCCCCUGGAGGACGACGAGGAGCUCCCUCCGCCGCCCCCCGAUUUUAACGAAGGGCCCCCGGACUUCGUGCCUCCCCCACCGCCGUCGUUUGCAGGGGAUGCUGGGUUAUCAUUACCGCCCCCGCCCCCGCCCCCACCUGCACUCAACUCUCCGAAGCCGCCCCCCGUUGCCAGCAAAAGACCUCCCGCUCCCCCGAAGAGGAAAGAGAAUCCAGGACCACCUGGUGGAGUAGGGAGCGGAGAGCAAGAUUUCAUGUCCGAUCUCAUGAAAGCUUUGCAAAAGAAAAGAGGCAACAUGUCCUAAGGGAAACAGAUAAAUAUGUUUGUGUGAUGGGUAUAAUCAUUUCUAACCUCAAGUACAUUUUUGCUACUUUAUCUUCAUGACACCUUAUUCAUUUUAGAUAAAAUAUUGACGCAUUCAGACUAGAAAUGGUGUAAAACGUCUCACUGCAGCGCAAAUAUGUUCAUAAUCAUUAACCUAUAACGGAAGCAAGAGUAUCUGCCUAAAUGUACAUACCUUUCCUAUGUGUUUCCACCUCCCUGAAUUCGUUUUCCCUUACAAAUUAACUGGAAUGUUUUAUGUUUAUUUUAUUGUGUUCAGAAGCAUCAAAUUAAUAAAAUUUAAAAGUCUUCCUUGA